CCGGUGCAGGCGGACUGCUUAUGAAAUAAACAGCGCUUGGAUGCUAGUGCAGUGGGUGGAGUUUUGGGAUGCUUUAGGUACAGUACAAGUCGUUGCCUCCAUACGCCGAAGCCAUGCGUAAUAACUGUGACCACCGCCGGUGAGGAGGAUGCUGGAGCAUGAGGCAGGAGCUGACAUGCGACUGGUCCGUCAGAUGAGCGCAGGCAUGAAGAUCCAGGCCGGGGGGGAGCACAUGGGCUGCAGCAGGGUCGGAGAAAAUCAGGAGGUCAUCUGUUUACAAUGUCAAGAAGAGGUGGUGCGGGUUUGUCCGGGGAGUCCGCGCAGUCCUCGCCGCGCCAUCGCGACGCGCCUGUCCUCCGGAUCCGCAGACCGUGAGCCCAGCAGUAGCAGCUACAAUGCCUCUUCAGGGACCUUCUACAGCUGUGUCAGUCAAAUCACCAUCGGGUUUGACCUCGGGGGUCAAGUGGCCAUCGGCUUCUCUCACUGGAAGAGUCCUUUCCCAGCGAGCAGCCAGAAUCUCCCCAGUCCUGACUGCGUUCACUCUGAGGCUUCGGCCGUCCCGCCCAUCAGUGAGCACCUGGAGCCAGUGUCCUGCCCCGCAUCGCUGUCAAUCACCCCGCUGCCCACCUCCGCCAGUCAGGAGACGCUCUGCGACAGCAGCACAAGUGUGAGUUUAUCUCUACAUGGGUCUGAGCCCCAGCGGCGGCGCCCCCACCGACGCAGAGUCCUGCUGCAGCCCGCAGCCUCAGGCUACCAGGCAGCGGACAGACCUCUCGUCUUUCCCUCCUCUGGGAAGGCAGACAUCAUGGAGGAGUCCUCGUCUAAAGCCACGGACUCCAGCACUCAGGAUGAUGUGCCUCCCCUCGCUGUAAAGGAUGUUAAUGUGCUGCUUGAGAGAGAAAGGUCGGAGGGCAUCAGCAGCCCCUCAAGAGAUGACGAUUCCACGCUAUUGAACCCGGGAACCAACAGCAGCAUCCUUGAAGACAACACAAAGUCUGAUUCAGGCCUCCCAGAGGGGAGAAGUAAGUCCAGCGGCCUUUGCUUCAGCGAUGGAAAGAGUCGCAUUGACUACAUCCUGGUUUACAGGAAGUCCAGCUCGCAGUCAGAGAAGAGGGAAAUAUUUGAGCGGAACAUCCGUGCAGAGGGCUUACAGAUGGAAAAGGAGGCCUCUAUAACAAAUAGUGAUGUGAUUUUUCUGAAGCUACACGCACCGUGGGAUGUUCUCUGUCGCUACGCAGAGCUAAUGAACAUCCGCAUGCCUUUUAGGAGGAAAAUCUUUUACAUGCAUCGACGGCACAAGUUCAUGAGCAGGAUGGAAAAGCGAAUCAACAAGUUUCGUGGCUGGCUUCCCCGCAAGCCCAUGAAGUUUGACAACGACACUCUGCCCGACCUUGAGGAGAAUGAGAGCUUUACCGCCCCCUUCUGUAGAUCAAGGAUACAUCAUUUCAUCAUCCACAACAAAGACACGUUUUUCAACAAUGCCACCAGAAGUCGCAUCGUCCACCACAUCCUCCAGCGGGUCAAAUAUGAGGAGGGUAAAAAUAAAAUGGGGCUUAAUCGUCUGUUGAGCAAUAGUUCAUACGAAGCGGCUUUUCCUCUUCAUGAGGGGAGCUAUCACAGCAAAAACUCCAUCAGAACUCACGGAGCUGAAAACCAUCGACACCUGCUGUAUGAGUGUUGGGCCUGGUGGGGGGUUUGGUACAAGUACCAACCGCUGGACCUCAUCAGGAGGUAUUUUGGGGAGAAAAUCGGUCUGUACUUUGCCUGGCUCGGCUGGUACACAGGGAUGUUGUUUCCUGCAGCUCUGGUCGGCCUCUUUGUAUUCCUUUAUGGCCUCUUCACUCUGGAGCACUGCCAGGUCAGUAAAGAAAUCUGCCAGGCCACCGACAUCAUCAUGUGCCCCAUCUGUGACCAGUACUGCCCCUACCUGAGACUGUCAGACAGCUGCAUCUACGCCAAGGUCACUCAUCUCUUUGACAACGGGGCAACUGUUUUCUUUGCUGUAUUCAUGGCUGUUUGGGCAACAGUCUUCUUGGAGUUCUGGAAAAGGCGCAGAGCUGUCCUCGCAUAUGACUGGGACCUCAUUGACUGGGAGGAAGAGGAGGAGGAAAUACGCCCCCAGUUUGAGGCCAAAUACUCCAAGAAGGAGAGGAUGAACCCCAUAUCUGGAAAGCCUGAGCCUUACCAGGCCUUCACUGACAAAUACAGUCGCCUCAUCGUCUCAACAUCUGGGAUCUUUUUUAUGAUACUGGUGGUGAUCGCCGCCGUGUUUGGCAUUGUCAUUUACCGCGUGAUCACCGUCAGCACCUUCGCCGCCUUCGGCUGGGCUCUCAUUAGGAAUAACUCUCAGGUGGCCACCACAGGAACGGCAGUCUGCAUUAACUUCUGCAUGAUCAUGCUCCUCAACGUGCUCUAUGAAAAAGUUGCUCUUCUUCUCACUAAUUUAGAACAGCCAAGGACAGAAUCAGAGUGGGAGAACAGCUUUACCCUCAAGAUGUUCCUUUUUCAGUUCGUCAACCUCAACAGUUCGACUUUCUACAUUGCCUUCUUCCUGGGGAGAUUUACAGGCCGGCCUGGUGCAUAUCUACGCCUCAUCAACCGCUGGAAACUGGAAGAAUGCCACCCCAGUGGCUGUCUCAUUGACCUCUGUAUGCAAAUGGGGAUCAUCAUGGUGCUAAAACAGACAUGGAACAAUUUCAUGGAGCUCGGCUACCCGCUGAUCCAGAACUGGUGGACACGGCGGCGACUGAGGAGAGAGCACGGACAGAAAGCCAAGGCCAGCUUUCCACAGUGGGAGAGAGAUUACAACUUACAGCCAAUGAAUGCCUAUGGACUCUUUGAUGAAUACUUAGAAAUGAUUCUGCAGUUUGGCUUCACCACCAUCUUUGUGGCAGCCUUCCCUCUGGCCCCUCUCUUAGCGCUGCUCAACAACGUCAUCGAGAUUCGUUUAGACGCCUACAAGUUCGUCACACAAUGGCGGCGACCUCUGCCCUCACAAGCCAAAGACAUAGGAAUCUGGUAUGGCAUUCUGGAGGGCAUCGGCAUCUUGGCUGUCAUCACAAACGCCUUUGUUAUCGCUGUUACCUCAGACUUUAUCCCUCGCCUUGUUUACGCUUAUAAGUAUGGACCUUGUGCUGGUCAGGGUCGAGCAGGGGAGGGGUGUAUGAUGGGUUACGUCAACGCCAGUCUCUCAGUUUUUCGGGUGUCUGACUUUGAAAGGAGGUCACAGUCAAAGACUAAUGGCUCUGAGCUGUUUGGAGAAGCUGUUAAGUAUUGCAGGUAUCGUGACUACAGGGAGCCUCCAGACUCUGCUGAACCGUACUCAUACACUCUGCAGUUCUGGCACGUCCUGGCAGCGCGGCUAGCAUUCAUCAUUGUGUUUGAGCAUAUGGUGUUUGCCAUCAAGACCCUGAUCGCAUAUCUGAUCCCUGACCUCCCCAAGGACCUGCGGGACAGAAUGCGCAGAGAGAAAUACCUGAUCCAGGAGAUGAUGUACGAGGCUGAACUGGAGAGACUGCAGAAGGAGAAAAACGAGAAGAAGAAAAAAGAAAGGGCCCAUCACAAAGAAUGGCCCUGAAUGCACCAUCUGGUAUACAGAAACAGUUUUCACUGCACAUUGGAGGACAGAGACGAGCGCCGGGUUUCCUGCAUGAUACUGGACCCUCAUACCUUCCUCCUGCCAUGUCAGACCAGCACCUCCUACUGGACAGCUGAUGAACUGCAUCCAGCGGGGCCACACAGGGCCCAUGAAUCUGCAUACAUAACGGAUGUCCUCUUGAACAUUUGGCAGGGGGGGUUUGCUACAUUUUUUUUCUCCAGAUAAGUUUCUACCACAUUGGACUCUCAACAGUGUAUGUCUUCAGAUCCUGAAUGUAGAUUUCAAACAAAACUAAACUUUUCCAGAGUUCUUGUUUUAGUCAAAGGAAAUAACGCCGAGCUUACUGAAUGACAAACCCUGUUUACAUUUCUCCUUGUACGAGGAGUUCACAUAUUGCUUUAUUGUAAAUGGGGAUAUUUAAAUGAAUGUCAGGCCAUUUGCUCUGCUAUAGUGUAGCGCAAUUAAUAUAGAGUGCAAUUUCUAAAGAAAUUGCGGUGGGAUUGCUGGUGGCUGAAAAUCUGAAAGUCGGGAGCUAAACUAAAUUGCUUGAAAAGCUGAACGCUGGACUGCAUUGCUUUGUGUGUAGCAGGGAGCUGAACAGCAUCACUUAAAUGGCUGGGAGCAAACUGCAUUGCUGGCUUAACCUUUUAUGAAGAAGCAUCUGAAUGAUUUUGAAGAGUUAGAAUAAUAGAAUAAUAAAAGAACAAAAUAUAGUGCGAGCAUUGAAAGGUGUUGAAAUGAGAGAUAUAGUGUGAGGACUUAUAUGAUCUCAAGUGUACAGAGAAAAGAGCGAAGAUGUCAUUCAAGUAUGUUAGUUGGAAUAAGGAUAUUCAUCAGCUGAGAUCUAAAUGCCAUAAGCACUACAAUAAAUUGUGGAAGAAAAAGUCAAAUAUUUUAUUUUGAAAAUCUUUUGCACUUACGAAGCCUGCCAUGAGCUCCUGUGACCCUUUGGGGCUUUUAUUUUGAAAAUCAUUCAGCUGACUUAGGGCCCCCCCAGUAAACUCUUGUUUCCAUUUAGGGCUUUUGUUUUGAAAUCUUUAAGUAUACUUUAAGGCCGGGGCCCCAUUAAACUUAUAUUUCCAAUUGGGGCCUUUAUUUUGGAAAUCUAUCAGCCUACUUAAGGGCCCCCCAGUAAUGUUGUUUGCCCUUGAGAAAAAUGUUUUUGGUUGCCUCAGCCACCAUGUGAAUGUGUGUGUGAAUGGGUGAAUGUGACA